AUGGGGAAUGGACUUACAUAUAAUCUGACUUUGGUCAAACAUCAUUCAACUCUUGCUCAUAAGAUUACUUUACUUGCCUUGUUGGAUAGGGAAAUAACAAGAAGGGCAUUCAUUACUGCCAAUAAAUUCAGCAUAGCAAAACUGCAGAUCUGA